AUGAGAGGGAUCAACUUCCGAUGGCGCACUUUCUUCCUGGCCUGGGGCUUUGUCUACGCGUUUUUCGUGGUUCCUUUUUGGCUGUUGCCCUCGAGAAAAGAGGUUGAUCCGAGUGAGUUCUAGCCAAACAAUUCUUUUCAGAAAUUUUAUUUUGUUUUGGCGAUUAAAACAUUUUUUGCUUACUUAUUUCAAACGUUGAUAGUAGGAUUGAGAUUAAAAAUAGAGUUUUAAUCUUGUAGAAGAGCUGUUAGAUCAUCUAAAUCCAAGAAACGCGACUCACCCUGCCAAUGGAUCAUCAUCGCCUGACUUUACGUAUACAUUAAAGUACCAAGGGAAGGAUUUAAAGAUAAAAAGGUUGCUAACAGACAGGUCGAUGCCAUCUCUUCAGGAGCGUCUAACCCCUCCAGUUGCCGGUAAUUUAUUUGUUUCUCCAAUUACACAUCUUCAAGAUGUCUAUGACUCUACUUCCCUUGGCUAAAAUGGAGUAAAUUGCAGGGUCCCCGAAGAAAUUUAUCCUCUCUAUGUCCGCUUUCCAGGCAGAAAACCUUGGAGGAUGCCCUGAUUUUAAUUGUGAAGUAACCCUGACUUUUAAACAAGGCAUUGUAAGUGAUUACAGUAAGGUUUUACGCAAUUUUAGAAAUACGAUGCAUUAAUCAACUUUAAUGAGAGGGCCAUCGACAAUUUUACCGGGUAUUAUUUGUUUUCAACACAGGUAUGACUAAAAAUACAUAAUUACGUAAUUUAUAUCACAUAAUUUUUUCGCAACAUGACGUAUUUUUUGAAGGAAAGCCCUCCAAAUUCGGAUAUCUUCAAGGAAUUGGAGUAUAACAUGAGCAUUGGCUACCGCCAUGACUCCCCGGCUUCCUCUCCGUACGGUUAUGCUGUAGAAUUGGCUGAGAAAAAAGAUUUAAAGGAGGUGGUUGAUAUGGAGAUCAUAAAGAAAAAGAAGAAGGGGGGAUAUUGGCUGGUCAGUCAUUGCAGCACGGACAGCAAAAGGGAACUCUUGGUAGCGGAAUUACAGGUAAGAAGUUACGUGAGAUUUCAAAUUUUUAACUGUAAGAUGCAUUUUUCAGAAAUAUAUAAAUGUGGAUAUCCUCGGGUCGUGCGGGAAACCCUGUGAGAAAGGCGGGAAAUGCGAGGACAGCUCGGAGUAAGUGGCAAAAUAUACUAAUUACCUGUCACAUAAAAAAUACUUUUUUCAUUAUUUUUACCAAACCAUAUCUUUCAGAUAUCACUUUUAUAUGGCGUUAGAGAACAGUUUAUGUAAAGAGUACAUCACAGAGAAGCUCUGGAAGACCGGCUUUCAAGGAAAUGCCAUUCCAAUUGUUCUAAAGAGAUCAAUAGUUGAGGAAUUUGUCCCUCCAAAGUCGGUGAUCGCAUUUGAUGACUACAAAUCAGUGGAAGAAAUGGCCAGACAUUUGAAGGAGUUGAUGGAUGAUAAGGAAAAAUAUUUGUAAGUAAAAAAACGGCUGUAUCAGUAAUAUAAGGAUGAAUUAACUGUCAUUACCAAUGUUGCAAUAAAACUUUAGGGAAUACUUCAAAUGGCGGGAAAACUACGCGAUAAUUUUCUUGGACGGCGCCCACCACGAUGUUCUCGAGAGGCCCUGGGGCAUUUGUCAGCUUUGCCGAUUGCUCCAUCUGGAUCCCCGACCUCAAUAUCGAAUACCAAACCUCGAUGAACACUGGUCUCGCUCGUGUGAAUCGGGCGAGGAAUUCGUGAAAAAGCUGAUCAACGGGUAA